CUGGGCAUGAGCAGCGAGGACUCCAUCAACAGCUCCCCCAAAUAAGCCCUGCUAAUGAGGGUGGCUUGAGAAGCAGCUUUGAUGUGCUCCUAAAUCCAGUUGCAAAACAGAACUAAAGUUAAGGCCUCUGCACAGCACUGUGUUCUAACUUUGAAGUAUUCUUACUCUAGUGUCCUGUGUGGUGGUGUUGGAAUUGUCCAUUGCUAAGAAUCAGAGGAGAAAAGCACUUAGCAUCGCAGGACUUGGAGCACUGGUGCUGAGGCCACCCUUCAUUCAUUCGUCGGAUGUGUGUUAAGGCCCAGGCCCAGGGCAGGGGUCGGGGAUUCUCCUCUCACACAGCACGUGGGUGGCAGGACCAACACCGGGUCUGAUCUCCCAGCUGGGGGCACAGGCUGCUAACCCCAGGCCUGGAAUCUGUCAGAUGCCCUUCCUGUGCUGACUUUACUUAGACAGGCCUCCUGACCUUCCCGCAAAGAUCAUGUGUGAUUUGCAGGGGUUCUGGCCGCUUGAAAAUUUCCUGAGAAAGUACAUGCAAUGAGGACAGAGCUUGCAGAGGGAGGACAGGCAUGCAGAAGGCUCUGUGUGCAGCCCCAGACCUGGGUACCUUCGUCACCAUCCUCAUCCCGCCUCUGGGUGUGCAGAUAGGGAGCAGGUCUCCUGUGUUAUGGCCCAAGCAGGGCUGUCAGGACACUGAGAACAUUCCCUCCUCCCGCAGGAGAGAGAGGUCCAAGGUGCCCUACAUCAGGUGCCAGGGUGUGGAGGAGAUCAAGCACCGAGGGAUGGAGGAGGUGGGCAUCUACCACGUGUCUGGAGUGGCCGCAGACAUCCAGGCACUGAAGGCAGCCUUCAACGUCAAUAACAAGGACGUGUCGGUGAUGAUGAGCGAGAUGGACGUGAACGCCAUUGCAGGCACGCUGAAGCUGUACUUCCGUGAGCUGCCCGAGCCCCUCUUCACUGAUGAGUUCUACCCCAACUUCGCAGAGGGCAUCGCUCUUUCAGACCCAGUUGCAAAGAAGAGCUGCAUGCUCAAUGUGCUGCUGUCCCUGCCGGAGGCCAACCUGCUCACCUUCCUUUUCCUUCUAGACCACCUGGAAAGGGUGGCAGAGAAGGAGGCAGUCAAUAAGAUGUCCCUGCACAACCUCGCCACUGUCUUUGGCCCCACGCUGCUCUGGCCCUCCGAGAAGGAGAGCAAGCUCCCUGCCAACCCCAGCCAGCCCAUCACCAUGACCGACAGCUGGUCCUUGGAGGUCAUGUCCCAGGUCCAGGUGCUGCUGUACUUCCUGCGGCUGGAGGCCAUCCCUGCCCCGGAUAGCAAGAGACAGAGUAUCCUGUUCUCCACCGAUGUCUAA